UUGCUGUGUAAUUGAGCGUGUAACCUAAGUUCAAAGUGAUCCCCUUCAUGCGUACGAUGUAGAUGUACACUAGCUCGUGCUUGAGCGUCGGAGGUUGCUGAUGAGACUAGUGAAGAGUGGGCGAGCGAGCGACUCUGCGGUAUCUUGGCAAGAGCAUCAAUAAGCCUAUAUAGGCUAGUCCACUCGCCGUAAUGGUUGCUUUAUCUUCGAAAUGAGCUGAGGAACCGAGAUGAAAUCGAAAGCGAAUUGAAAAUUGACGAUUUGGGAUCUUUCGCAUUUUUCCAAACCCGUUUUUAAGAUUUUUAAUGGAAAAUGGCGAUAUGCACUCCGACUUGCAGCAUUGCCUGCUUGGUAUCUUUCCAGAUCAUCUUGAUAUUCAGUGUACCGUGGCCUGGAGCCGAGGGUCUCACGUUCCCCCAGCAAUACACGAUAAUGCACUGGGCCAGGCGCAUCGAGCAGGAGAUCGACAGAGUCUUCCAGCACAUCAGUGGAGCCCAGCAGCUGAAGGGGAUCUACAUUGAGAAAAGAAGGCAAUUCAGCCUGGUGAAGAAUUCUCCUUAUGAGAUGGUCGAAAAAGUGGCUUCUGACAUUGAAAAGUUGCUGGCCAAAAAACGUAAAGCACUUGAUAGGCUGGCCAGUGAGGCAGAACGUGUUCAGAGAGACCAUCCCUGGCAUGACAGCGUCAAGGAGUGGAACAUGACGUAUUAUGACUCCAAGGCAGAGUUAGACUAUCAGUACUCCCUACAGGAGGCUGAUGGAGAAACUGCGAUCCCUCCACUACAGGUGGAGUUUGUGUACGACCCAAAAUUCAAAAAUAAGGUCAACUACUCCUUCACAGCUGUACAGAUUCCAACUGACAUCUACAAAGGAGCCCCAGUGAUUCUGAACGAGUUGAACUGGACCCAGGCGCUGGAGAAGGUGUUUAUGGAGAACAGUCAGGAGGAUCCCUCACUCCUCUGGCAGGCGUUUGGUAGCGCCACUGGGGUCACUCGCUACUACCCAGCAACCCCCUGGAGAGCCCCUGAUAAGAUUGACCUUUAUGAUGUAAGGAGGACGUCCUGGUACAUCCAAGGGGCCUCAUCCCCCAAAGAUAUGGUCAUACUUGUGGAUGUGAGCGGCAGUGUGAGUGGCCUCACUCUGAAGCUGAUCAAGGCUUCAGUGAUCGAGAUGCUGGACACCCUGUCUGAUGAUGACUAUGUCAAUGUGGCCAGGUUUAAUGAGAAGGCAGAGGCCGUGGUCCCGUGCUUCAAACAUCUGGUCCAGGCCAACGUUCGCAACAAAAAGAUUUUCAAAGAGGCUGUGCAGAUCAUGCAAGCUAAAGGCACUACCGACUACAAGUCUGGUUUUCACUUCGCCUUCAAUCAGCUGCUAAAUAAGACAAAUGUCCCACGAGCUCACUGCAAUAAAAUAAUCAUGCUGUUCACGGAUGGAGGGGAGGAUCGGGCUCAGGACAUCUUUGAGCAGUACAACUGGCCUAACAAGACGGUGCGGGUGUUUACAUUCUCCGUGGGUCAGCACAACUACGAUGUCACACCAUUGCAGUGGAUUGCAUGUGCCAAUAAAGGUUACUAUUUUGAGAUCCGCUCCAUCUGUGCCAUAAGGAUUAACACCCAGGAGUAUCUGGAUGUCCUGGGCCGUCCCAUGGUCCUGGCGGGCAGCCGUGCCAAGCAGGUCCAGUGGACCAACGUCUAUCAGGAUGCCUUGGGUCUGGGGUUGGUUUUUACUGGAACCAUGCCUGUUUUUAAUCUCACUGUUGAUGGAAAGUCACAGAAUCAGCUCAUAUUAGGUGUAAUGGGUGUGGACGUACAUCUGGACGAGAUCAAGAAGCUGACACCACGAUACAAUCUUGGAGCAAAUGGCUACAUUUAUGCCAUCGACCCAAAUGGAUACCUUCUGCUGCAUCCCAACCUUCACCCAAAGCUGCUUGACAUACCAGAGCCUGUCACACUUGACUUCCUGGAUGCUGAGGUGGAGGACAACGCCAAACAUGAAAUCCGUAGACAGAUGAUUGACGGUAGACCGGGUGAUAUGCAGAUUAAGACGCUGGUUAAAUCAAAUGACGAGCGCUACAUAGAUGACGUGGUUCGGAGUUACACCUGGACACCCGUCAAUGGUACAGACUACAGCCUGGGCCUGGUACUGCCGACCUACAAUGAGUACUACAUCCAGGCGGACCUGAGUGAUGUGAUGCUACAGCUCCAAUAUCUACAAUCUCUGCUGCCCAGUUCUUUUGAAUCAGGGGGACAUGUGUUCCUUGCUCCCAGGGAAUACUGCAAGCGCCUGCACAUCUCCGAUAACAACACACUGUUCCUGGAGAACUUCCUGUCUCUCAUGGUGGAGAUCACACCUGAAUCUGAAGACUGUGAUCAAGGACUCAUUCACAACCUGAUUUUGGAUUCUGGAAUCAUUUGGCAGCUGGCAUCUAGAGUAUGGAAAAACAAGGAUAUCCAAACAUAUGGCUUCCUGGCAUUAUUUGCUGCCACUGAUGGAGGUGUCACCCGAGUCUUUCCCAACUCAGCAGCUGAGUCGUGGGAUGAGGACCCUGAGCCCUUCAACUGUAACUACUACCGCCGCAGCCUUGACAACAAGGGCUACCUGUUCAGAGCCCCGCCCAGAACAUACGUGGAGGAUCCAGUGACAUCUGAGAAUGGCACCGUCGGAAUCCUAGUCAGCACUGCCGUGGAAGUCAACCUGGGUGGCAAGAACCUGAAACCGGCAGUGGUCGGGGUGAAGCUGGACUUGGAAGCCUGGGUAGAGAAGUUCAAGAUCUUGGCCAGCAACGUGUCUGACAAUCGCCAGGGUGCACAGAAGUGUGGCCCAUCACGAAGUUGUGAGAUGGACUGCGAAGUCAACACGGAUGACUUACUCUGCUAUCUGAUUGAUGACGGUGGCUUCCUGGUCAUGUCCAAUCAGCGAGAUCACUGGAGGAAGGUGGGCCUCUUCUUCGGGGACGUGGACCCCUACCUGAUGCACGCGCUGUAUAACAACUCCAUCUACGCCCGGCGCCAGUCCUUCCAGUACCAGUCAGCCUGCGAGCCGGUCAGCAGCAGUCACACGGGCGCUGCCCCAAGGGGCGUCUUUGUGCCCUCUGUUGCAGACAUGCUCAGUCUGGCCUGGUGGACUUCAGCAGCAGCGUGGUCUGUAGUUCAGCAGCUGUUCUAUGGACUGGCCUACAACAGUUGGCUGUACACAGGUGAUGUUCUAGCAGACGGGUUUGACCAGCGGGAGAGCAGGUGUGUGACCAUCCAAAGCCAGUUCUACUUCACCAACACCACCAACUCGUACAAUGUCCUUCAGGACUGCGGGAACUGUUCAAGGUUAUUCCAUGCCAAGAGGAUCGAGAACACCAACCUGUUGUUUGUGGUGGCUGAGACACUGCCCUGUAGCUCCUGUGAGAUCGAGAAACUGACCCAGGUCAAAACAGAGUUUCAGGAGGAGGACCCCUGUGAGGUGUUGAACUCCGCUCGCUACCGGAGAGGCCCAACUGAAUGCUGGGACUACAACGUCUGGGAGAACACAUCUGAGUGUGGAAGUGGCCAUAUCCUACAAUGUUCAGUAGCAAUCCUGGUCUCUCUCCAGCUGAUCCUGACUCUUCUCUCACUCUGACACCUGGACUAGAUCCGUAUCGCGGUCAUCUGGUUUCUCCUGCCAUACAUCCUCGUACUCUUCCCUUUCUUCUUUAAAAUGUCAAAACACUUCCUUCAUAUUUACAAUUUGGUGUUUUGUCAUUUUCUCCUCUCUGUGAUCUACCUUCUUCUCUGUCUCUCUAAACUGCCAUUGCAAUAUGUUUCAUACAACAGGCCACUUGGAAAGAUUUUGUCUUACUUAGAAGCCAGUACAUUCUUCUCAUAUGGAUUUUUUUUUAAUCACCCAUAACCAUUUGAAUGUGUGAUACAAACUAAUGUACUGACUAAGAUGUUAACUACCACCAAUGACUACUAAAAGUGCAUCCAAAAGCCAAGGAUGGUAGACUAUUGCUAUCAAUUGAUACUAAAGAAAUUGUGUGAAUUUAAAUUAAUGAACUGUUUACAAAAAUACGAAAAUUUAAUUAGAUAUAUAAAAAAAAGAAAUACAUAUGCAAUUUACUACAUAUCACAAAAUAAAUCUGAACUAUAUAGAAAACAUUUGCCAAAUAAUAUAUUUCUUUAUAAAGGUAUUUAUUUAGAAUAUAUUUAGAAAUGUCAUGCAUCUAAAUACAUGUCAAAUGCAUAAAAAUACAUUAUUUGGCAAAAAAAAAAUUAUUUCACAAGUAUCCAAAAUGCAUUAAAAAAUAUACAAAAAAUUUAAUAAAACAUUUGGAUGGGAAAUACAUCUGUUGAAUCAGAUAAACUGUAUAUUAUAAAUAUUUAAGAAAUUAGAUGUGUGAACCAACAUGCAUAUAUCAGAAUAUACAAUUCAUUUGGAGGGUUGAAGAUGACCAUCUUGUACAAUGAUUUGUCUGUGAUCUGAAAAGCUCAUGCAUUUGUGUAUGCUAACUUCUGGAGAAUGUAGCUUAUGUAUGGGCAGCUUUCAGUGUAGACAUUUGAUAAUGCCACUUCCACUCCCUUUUGUUGAUAUUCCCUCCUUGUCCAAGCAAAGCUCAUAUAGCCCCAGAAGCCUUCGUGAAGAAACAUAUUUGGGUUAGAGAAAAAGGGAAUAAUAUUUUUGACACGCUUUUUUGAAUGAAAUAUUUGUAUGAUGUUUUUUUGUUCGUGUCUGACUGGUGUUCCACCCAGCAGUGCCUUGGUGCACUCCUAUUGGAUGAGAGGGACUUUGGGAUCUCAUAUCUGGACAGUGGACACUGCUGUAGCCUGGAGAAAAGCACACUCAACUAUUUCGAUUCUGUGGACUUACGGAUGGAGAAAGCCAGGGCUGUGAAAGGUCAGCCCUCAAUGGACUUGGUGGGCCGGGGAAAUGUUGAGGGGAUGUGGUCUUAUGUAUCGUGUGAAACGAAGGGGAAAAGGUGUAUGAUGACAUUUCAGACUGCAUUAUAGAUAUAGCAUACUUGAAACCGUGCACAGUUUGAACAUCACAGUUGGAGACCAGUUGCGUUCCCCUGUAACUGCACCACAGACACACAGACAACGCCUGAGUACUACUUCUGUCUCCGGAAAGGUUCACUCACCCAUGUGACCAGGAGAGGUGUCUUGAUGAAGGACUGCCUAGAUAGCCUGGUUCCCCAGUGCUCCCGUGUCAUUUUCCUCUACCCUGUAGUAGUUCAAAACAGCUCUGGGCCGAAGCAAAGACACUAUUCCUAUUGACUUCAUUGUAUAAAUGAGACAUAUAAAAUGGGACUUGUCAUCAACCAAACAGAAAUAUGACAAUUCAAUCACAGUGACUAUUAGAAUUUAGUCUUAGUACAGUAUAACUUGUGUUCUGCAAUUCUCUACUCUGCAGAGCCGUUGUUAAAUAGACUGAAAAAUAUUCCGUUUGGACUAUGUUUUUAACAUUAUUAUUUCAUGUAUUUAUUUAAUUAUGAAACAAGUAAGAUAGGAAGCGACAAAGAAAAUCACAAAGGAUAUCAAAAUAAUCUGCUAAACAGGAUGUUUACAAAAGCUACUUACUUACAACUCAGCACCUACUCAUCCCACACCAUGGGCUUUUAAAAAACGGAAUAGCAUUUUACCUGGGCAUUUCACCUUUAAUUUGGGGUAGUUACUUAUUGGAACACCUCAAGUGUCAGAUGCUCUUUAUACAGUGUCCUAUUAACUCUGAAGUCAGUGUUUUUGUUUGGUACAUUUAAUUUAUGAUAUAUUUACUGCAUGAUUUAAUGGAACGUUUCCAGGUUGACGUACUGAACGAAGUAAUGAAAAGUAUUUCACGUUUCCUUAUAGUUGAUAGCGAGUGGCCUAAACACUCUCCCACUACGAGGCGAUUCACCAACAGUUGCCACCGUUGCUCUGGCCUGACCAGGGCGUUGACAGUCUAGUGUUAACUUACACUAUGAGUCUUCUGGAAUAUAGAACAAAGACUCGGGCAAAGGUGAAUCAGCAGCUGCCAGACUUGCAGCGGUUUGGGUUGAUGACCUUUGUUAAAUCUCUGAUUAUGCUUCAUAUGAACUGUUAUUAAUAAGGUAACAGCAUCGGUGAUGUGACAAUGCCCUCAGUGGGCUGGUUGUUCAUUGCAAUAUUGAAAGAAUGUUGAAUGUUUUUGAAAAUCAUUGGGGCGGGGGGCAUUUUGAGCAGUUCAUAAAAUGAAGUCCGUAACAGCUUACCUAGUUGUUUUGUUUAUUAGGCUGUGAAAUAAUAUGAAUGUUAAUGUCUUUCUGUACUUUUGGUUCGGUUUGCGGCUAUUGUUGUUUGCAGUCUUUAAUGUCACCUCAUGUUUUGUACAGAUGACUCCAAGCAGUCUGCUGAAGAAGGCCAACUUUGUCUGCCACAUAAAAAUGUAUCUCUAAAUGUUUAUAUAUGAUAUUUGGUGAUUAAAUGCUGUUGAUAUUUUUCACUUGAA